AAUGAAAAUGGGCGGGGCAUAUUUCACACUGUCUGCGCGCGGUCUUUGAAAGAAAAUGGCGGAGCUUCAGAAAGAAGGAUUUGAGCCAUGUGAUGCCAGCAACUUCGACACCGGGGUCUCAGAAGUGUCUCAUGGAGUCAAACGUCCUCGUGACAGUAACCACAUCUCAGGUCCUCCUCAGAAGUCUCCUUGCACAUCACCUGCUCCUGCAGCAAUGCAGCAUUCAGAAGAGGAACGCCCAGAGGACUCGAAGAUUGAGGAUGGCAUGAGGGAAACUGCUCCUGAACUGAGCCCUCGCUCGCGGAGGAAAUCCUUGAGGAGAUCCUCAAGAGGCAGACGAUCCCUGCCGGCCUUCCUCGGCUCCUCACAGCCCCUGUGUGAAACCAUCAGUCUGUCUUUACCUGAUAACGAGAGGCUGGAUAUGCUAAUUAAAGCUGCUAUGCAGAGUACAGUGAAGAGGGUGAAAAACAGUCUGUACACUGUUCCUGGUGUUGAUACAGAGACACUUCAGACUCAAGUUGAGUCUUUGCAUGAAGAAUGGGACAGUCUGGCUAAAGACAUUAGCCGAGACACUCAGAAUUCACUCCCAACUACUGAGAGUGACCCCGUUGUUAACAUGACCACUGCGCGCAUUCAGGAGGACAUUAACAGGUUACAGGCUGAAAGUAUGGCAUGGGAGUCGCUAUUGAACAAACAUCGGACCAAAGCUGACGACCUGGACAAAUGUGUGGAGCGGGGAGAAGAGAAGGGCGUGCCGCUGGACCCAUCAUGCUUUGCCAAGUCUUCACAGAGUCAACUCAUUCUGAACAAACCCGACUACAAGGCAGUACUCACGGGACAGCAAAAACUGCUCCGAAACAUGGAGCUAGUGAUGGACUCUCACUGUUGCAUAAUGAGGGAGUUACUGUCUUUCCAUGAGACGUCUCAGCUGCUGCUAAAGGAGACCAGCACCAGACUAGCUUCCAGGGCAGGAUUUCAGAAUCUCCCUUCAUCUCCAGUCAGACAGCUGAUAAAAGGAGGCAUAUCUAGCGUCUCCUCCUAGUUUACAGUGCCGUGAUGACUCCCAUAGGAAAGCUCUGUGAUCAGAUAUGACCAUUUUGGUAAUGCAUUAAUAACUUUUUAAUGUAACAUUCUACUUUUUCCCUAUAACAAUUUUUUUACCCAGUAAUAUGGACAAAAAUAUAGAUGAAUUUUCAAUAUUUGAUUGUCUUUAAUAUCUGUGGCUGUUUAGUUUAAUGUCCUCCAGUGUGUGUGUGUGUGUGAGAGAGAGAAAGUUUCAGAAUGUGUAGAUGAAGAUGGACACUAGAUGGCAGACUAGUUAUUCAAAGCUCUACUUUUACCCAUGUGCUUUCAAGGCUGUUGUUUUGUACAAUUGUAAAGAUAUCUGAAUACAAUUAAAUGCUUUGUCAUUUA